GCCCUUUGACUUGUCAGGGGGAAAAGUUUUAAGGAAAGAAAAAAAAAGCCAAAUCACGGAAGAGAUUCUGUAGUCCUACUAGUUUGGCAAGUUCCCUGCGCGCAAAGCAGCGUUAGAAAGGCAGAGAAGAGGGAAGAAACUCCAAACUGUGCGCAUUUAUUUCAACUUGUCCCCCUCAGACGACUUUACGAGAGGAGUCAUGGAGGCUGCUGUUCAGACCCUGGUGAAGGUCUUCCUGAAGUCAACCAAGGGAAAGGAGAGUCUAGGGAAGAAAGAAUUCCAGGGCCUCGUCAAGUCCCAGCUCGGCAACAUCCUGUCGGACGCAGGGAGCAAGGAUAAGGUCAACAACAUGGGUCAGGACCUGGAUGCAAACCAGGACGGCAAGGUCGGCUUUGAGGAGUACAUGAAGCUGGUCGGCUACCUGGCGGUCUCGCUCAGUGAGCAGCGUGUCCUCGCUCAAGAGGAACCAGCCCAAAAUGCUGCUUCCGGACAGGUAGCACAAAGCGCCCCCGAAGAAGAGGAGGCGACCCCAGAGGCUAAGCCUGAAGCAAAUGAAGAGGCAAAGGCAGACGCAGCUGCCGAAGUGAAGGUAGAAGCAAAUGCAGAUGCAAACCUAGAAGUAAAGGUAGAAGUAAAAGAAGAGGGAGAGACGCAGCCUGAGGUCGCAAAGGAGGAGCCAGCAGCGGCAGCAGUGGUGGCAGCAGCAGAGGCUCCGGCCGCAGAGGUGGCAGCAGCGGCUGUGGAGGUGGUGGUAAAAGAAGAGGAGAAGGUGGAGGAAACGGUGAAGGUGGAGGAGGUUGUAGAAAAGAUGGCUGCAGCUGUAGAGGAGGAAGUGGAGAAGAAGACAGAGGAGGCAACCUCAUAGGGGACAAUCCACAACAAAAAACACACCACACACAUACACAAAACAUAGCAUUAACGUUGCCAAAAAUAAGUUUAUAAGCCACUAAAGAUUUUUUUUUCAAAACUCACAACUUUGAAAUACAAAACACUACCAACCCAACUCUGAAGAAACCCCUUAUACAUGAUAAAUAACACAUGUAGAUGAAAUAGUAGAAUUAUUGCUUUAUAUUCCUAGUUACCACUAUGUUCAUAUGUACAGCAUGUGCAUCCCACUAUAUUAAAGCACAUUUACCUCAUCAUGACAAUAUACUAUGAGUGCAUGCAGACGUACAUGAUCUUGUGCAUGCCAGAUCCCUGUGAAAACUUUACUGAAAGUAUGAAUUUCCCUGCACACAAGACCAAUGUGUUGCCUGCAUGUGAACACACCUCUGCAGACAGAGGCUCGGUUUAGAUCAUCUCCUCACUAUUGAAUCUUCUUCCACAGUUGUGUCAUGCAGCCCUACAUCACUUACUGUUCAGUCCUCCAGGUAUAAUAUCACAAGUAUACAUCUUGCUAGGUACUAAUGGCUUAAAGAAAUAGUUAGACAUUUUUGGGAAUGGUGCUUAUUAGCUUUCUUGCCCAGGCUAUAGCUACAGCUAGCAGCCGGUUAGCUAAGCCUAGCAUACAGGCUGGAAACAGAGCUACGGAAUAGCCUAUUUGUGUUUAAUUUUGGUUUUUGUUUGAUUUACCUCAACAAGAUAUUGUGAGCUCCACAGCUGCUGGAGGGCACAUUUUGUUUCCUUCAGACAGAGGCGAGCAAGCUUUUGCCCCAUUUCCAGUUUGUAUGCUAAGCUAAGCUAACUAGCUACUGAGUAUAGUUUCAUUUUUACUGGACAGAUAUGAGUGCGAGGUAUCAAUCUUCUUGUCUGACUCUGGGCAAGAAUGCUAACCCCAAAAUCUUAAACUAUUCUAAUAUUGGUUGCAUGAAAAUCUCUCAGUAACGCUUAAUAAUUUUUUUUUACUGUUCUCAUCUUUUAACUCACAGUGCUAUGGAACAGAUUUGGCAUGACAAUAAACAUAUUGUUUUGCUGAGGCUUUGCUCAUCUUAAUUGUGUAAUCAAUGCCCCAUCACACCCUCUUUCUCUCUCUUUUCUAUUCUUUAUGAGGCUCUUUGUCUCUUUCAUUUUUAUUCUGUAUGAGGUUAGCUUCAUUUGGAGCCGACAGUAUUUUCUCCUCACUCGUAGUCGGCCAUCGAUGAGGAACAGGAAGAUUGGGCGUGGCCCCUGGUUAAAUAAUUAAGGUUCGAGGGAUGGAACACUUGUCAAAGAACCCAUGAGGGCAAAAGGGAGCCCAAGCUCGUCCCUUGGGAGUGAGCUGGUCACUGGAGGAGCAGGUCAGAGUAGGUGUUCAUGCAACCUAAUCCACGUUGGUUAGAGCUGGUGGAGAAGAACAAGAUCACCCAGAAGAAAACAAACUUUUAAUAGCUGUCACCCGGUGGCAGUUUUCACCUAGUCCUUUAUGACCUAGUGCAUAUGUGGUUAUUGUAGCAUUAUGAUGGUCAUAUUCUCUUUCCUGACCAAUAAAGGUGCUGGGCUGUAGAGGUGUAGCACUGGAUUGGAGUCUUUUUUUUAGGCCCUAAUCAAAAUUCGUUGUUUACCACUGGCCGUUCAGGCUUGUGUGUUUGUCAGCCACGCCCUGCAACAGUGUAGAGACCCUGUCUGACAAUAGCAACUGGAUCCUUGGGUGUGACAUGUUGGGAAACUACUGGAUUAGGCAUUUGAUGUGUAACAAACACACACAAAAAAUUUUCUCCACUGAUCCUGCCUUUCAGACGAGGUGCUUAGUGUCAGAGGUGGUGCUUUUUGUGUGAGUAAAAAAGAAUACUGAGCCAUGAAUCUGAUUCUCUGUGGUGUUAUCUUUUUUACGGCAGGCUAAUGAUAAGAUGUUGCAUGCUAUCAGAAACUAAAUAUUACCAUUGUAUUUUCCAUUACUGCGGCCAUUAUUUAAGUUCUACAUGGCUGCUUUAUAUUUAACUUUUUAACCUAAUUCUUUUAUUGUUUGGACCACUAUGGAGAUCACUGGAAACAUAGUUCUAUGUCACAUUACAUGCAAUUUGUUGAUUACAAUUUAAUGAUUUGUAAGUUGUCCCCUCAUCAAUAAUGCAGUCAUGAGAAAAAGGCUUGUGUUGCAGGAUUGCUAGAUCAUAGGUCUACCUGGCCAGCGGUGUAGUGACACACACACACACACACACACACAUUCACACACACACAUUUUUGGGACACCACCAAAUGUGGAAACAGCAGCAGAAACUUCAAACUGUUCACUUCAAAAUGGUCAAGACAAAUAAAGCGGGUCAUGUGAUUCGCCUGCUUCACUGCGACACUCCCAUUGUAAAUACUCUUUCGUUUACACUCGCUCUGCUCAGCCUGCAUACACUCGUACUGUAGAAUGCUAUGUUUCCUGCAUGAUCUGCUACUAACAAACUUAUCAAGACAUUUGGGGCAAUUUAGUUAUUUUUUAUUACAAGCUAUAUUCUUUUUUAUAUGAAAACAUUUUCUAAUCAUGGUACUUCCUGUGAAUUAUGGAGACAUAUCACUCUCUUGCACCAUCUACAGCCAGUUUCCUGUUCAGCAUGUAUAUGGUUCUCGGCCGUUGCAUCCUUUAGUCAUACAGAUGUAUGUAUAGACAAACUACUAAGCUGCAUACAUUGUUUUCUGUUUUCCAGCUCAGACCAGGCACAUUUACGCAGUUUAUAUCACUUCCCUCCUUGUUUAAAAUGUGAUCUUUGCGUUCUUUCUAAGUCAAACAAUGAUAAGACAAAACUGGAUCAAGCAAAAUUCACUUGACUAAUGUGUUUGAAAUUACUUGCACUACCAACCUGGGUUAAACAAACAGUUUUCUGGAGUUUUUGUCAGUAAAUGUUUGCUUUUAAUCAGAGACGGAGUGAGCCCUGAGCGCCGCUGCUCUCUGUCGGAGCGGCUGAACCAUCUCCAUUGGCAGUUUUGCUGCUUGUCCCUUAGUGUAAACCGCACCCAGCCUUAACUCCAUGCAGAUUAAAAACAUGCUGGAACCAAACACAGCAGACUUACAGCAGGGAGUGUUCACAGCCAGAUUUCUCAUUGCUGCACAAUAAGUUUCAUUCAUCGAGACAGUCGAUGAAAAUAAAAGCCUGUGCUGAGAAUCCUCCCACUGGAUUUAAUAAGUGUACAUACAAGUAUAUUGAUGUGCUCUUAAGGCUCAUUUGGUUGGAAUGUUUUUGACUAUGGGACCAUUCCCAGGAUGUUGUGCAGGCUUUCAUCAUUGAACUUCGAUGUACUCGUGUUUAUUUCCUGCCAAGUACGAGAGGGCGUGUGUGUUUAACAGUUGGACUCAUUUCAGUCCACUUGUCAAUUCCAGUAAAGUCCACUCUACUUGUAUUUCAACUUCAUAUGUAACGCUGUAUCAUUUUUUUGCUUAUUCUCUGUAACAUGUAAUGGCUAAUAUUGAAUAAAACUGUGACGACAAUA